AUGCGUGGCUUGUUCGCAAAGAUGACAUCCUACUUUUCUCCGUCGGAUCCGCAGGUGAACAAUAACGUGGCCAUCUACCAGAACUGCCCGGGUUUGCCACAAGUCGCAGGCCAUCGCGGCAGUAGCAGAAACAUCUUCGUCACUACCGACUACAACACGUUCCAGGAGAUUGACCCAGACACUCUGGCCCCCCUGGGCACCGUCAGUCAGAGCCAGGUACUUCAUCGCGAUCUCAAGGGCCCCCUCUCCAGUGCUCACUUUCAGCGGGAUCCCGAGACGGGAGACAUGUUCAAUUACAACCUUGCGCCGGGCCGAACAAGUACCUACCGUAUCUUUCGGGUCAACACUUCGACUGGGACGACAGACAUUCUGGCCACGAUCUUGGAGCCUGACCCCCCCCCCCCCCCGCAAUGCGUGCAGGAUGAGAACAACAAGUGGCGAUGUGACCUCUGCCUCGACUACAUCGGCUUCGAGACGACGGACAUCAUGACGGGGCUGUACUACGAUGUCAUCUUGGAUCGCAAUGGGGCAGGAACAAAAUUCUGGCGGUUCAGGAUGCCCCUGGAUGGACAGGCGCCCAAAGCUGUGCACGGAGCAGCGGCGUAUGAAGUGCUGUCAAUCUUGAACCCCCACGCCGGCGAGCUUCCGACGAUUAACCCAGCAUAUGCGUGCAAGCCGUACCGGUACGUGUUCGGCACAUGUAAUCGUGGUCUUAACACGGUCGCCGACGCCCUCGUCAAGACCGACCUCCAGACGGGCGAUGCCCUCAUAUGGUGCGGCCUUCACGGCCACUCCCCAGGCGAAGCCAUCUUCGUUGCCCGUCCCGGGACCGUCGACGAGGAUGAUGGGAUUGUGCUCAGCAUCGUUCUGGACGGCUCAGCACAAAAGUCGUACCUGCUGUGUCUCGACGCCAGAUCGAUGACUGAGUCGGGGAGGGCCGAGGCAGACUUUCCCAUCGGCAUAGGCUUUCACGGCUUCCAUGGCGGCGUGGUAGAGUAA